AUGGGAGAUAUUGUGGCUGAUCCUCUUCUACUCGCGGCCUGCCUUCUUGCAGGAAGCCGCUGGCUUCAGGCCCUCAGCCGAAGAAGGAUGGAUCUAGAAACUGCCUGUUGGGGUGGCCGCCUAGGCGAUGUAGGCGGAAUCAAUCUCACUGUCCUCGAACUUCCAGAUCGAAGGACAGACUAUAAGAAGCUCGGGAUAUUCGCGGUGUGUGUUAUCAUCGUGGACUAUCUCACUGGGAACAGGGCGAGGGAAAUGAUGGCCGCUGAAGUUCUGACGGUUGGCAAUAUGCUGUACUACGGCAUACUGUUGGUGGGUGGAAUGUUUUGCUGGUUCCAAUGGCGGUACAGAGAUCUAAUCAGGGUGGCUACCAAGCUUCCAGUCACCUUCCCUACAAUACCGCUGCUAGGACAUGGCUACCUCUUCUGGGGAUUGGAUGCGGGGUCCGCAAACUUGCUGGAGAUGUCCCGGAGAGCUAUAGAGAAAAGUAUAAGUACAAUCUGUUUGUGGGUUGGACCACUGCCUCUCUUGAUUGUGCAUGAGUACGAGGACAUUCGGACUAUUAUGAACAGUGCAAAAACCAUAGACAAAUCAGACGAGUACGAAUUCUUCAAGGAAGGUCUAGAUAGUGACGUUGGACCUUUGGUGUGCAGUAUUUUGCUAUCUCCAGGCCCCGUGUGGAAGGUGACACGCAGACACUUGAACACGAUGUUCACGCCGCGUAACUUAGAACAGAUGAUUCCCGUGUUCAACCAGAACUCCCGUGUGCUGGUAGACCGUCUGAACGCCAAGGUGCAAGGACCCACACAGGUCAAUAUCGUGGACUUCACGAUGGACGCUGCACUUAAGGCGUACACAAAAGAACAGUAUGAGCUGAAAAUUAGAAACUCACAAUACAAUGAAGAUCUAGAAAGUGAGCGACAGGAGCCUCUGAAUAUAAUAGAAGUUUACACACCUUUCCAGAAGAAGAACCCACAGUUUCGUGAAGCGGACAUGUGGGGAGAAAUGCUGACUUUGUAUGAAACGGGUAGUGACUCAGUGGCAAUCACAGCUUCAUAUUGCCUAAUGGCUCUGGCGCAACAUCCUGAAUACCAGGAGAAAGCCUACAACGAGAUCAUGUCUGUGGUUGGUCCGGAUGAUGACGUCACGACGGAUCACGCCAAACAGCUGACCUACCUCACCCAGUGCAUCAAGGAGACCCUAAGAAGGUUCACGCUAGUCCCCUACCUUCUUCGCAGGGCUUCGGAGGAUCUCAAACUGAGUGAUUGCACAGUACCAGCUGGCCACACUGUCAUCAUGUCUAUAUAUGGCAUCCACAUGAACCCUAAGCUUUACCCAGAUCCUACACGUUUUGAUCCAGAACGGUUCUCGCCUGAAAACUCUGCUUCUAGAGACAAGUUUGCCUUUGUUCCCUUCAGUGGUGGCCCACGUGAUUGUAUUGGUAAGGAAUACGGCUUGCUGUUUGCGAAGGUGAUGCUGUCAAAUAUCAUGAGGAAAUACAGAGUAAAACCAGUGGUGGAUAUUAAUAAGCUGCGCAGAAGACUGGCUGUAGUUCUCGUCAGUGGAGAAGGCUACAACAUGAUUUUGGAACCUAGGAACGCCUAA